GGGGGUGGAGGGGGGGUCUGGCACAUCACGUGACCCCGGGGUGCCAAUGUCCAGUCCUGAGGGUAUCAGGCCCUUGCAAGUUGCCACCCGUCGCCCAGGGCUCACCCAGAGAUGCAGAAAGCGACCUACUACGACAACACAGCAGCUCUGUUCGGAGGUUAUUCCUACCCUGGAAGUAAUGGUUUCGGUUACGACGGGCCCACCCAGCCCCCCUUCCAAUCAGCCACGCAUUUGGAAGGAGACUACCAGCGUUCGGCCUGCUCACUCCAGGCUCUGGGCAACACGGCCCCCCAUGGCAAAAGCAAAGAGUUGAAUGGCAGCUGUAUGAGGCCUGGUUUGGCCCCAGAGCACCACUCGGCCCCCGCUCCGGGUUCGCCCCCUCCCAAUGCCGCCCCAACCAGUACCAGUAGCAACAGCAAUAAUGCCAGUGGGCCCAGCAAAAACGCUCCCCCCAAAUGCGGCCCCGGCUCCAACUCCACCCUCAGCAAACAGAUUUUUCCCUGGAUGAAAGAGUCGAGGCAAAACUCCAAACUGAAAAACAGCUCCCCCAGCACAGAAAGCUGCGGCGGCGGCAGUGGCAGUGGUGGAGGCGGCGGAGGCGGAGGGGGUGGGGGUGGCGGAGGAAGUGGGGGAGGGGACAAGAGCCCGCCGGGAUCCUCGGCCUCCAAACGAGCCCGGACAGCCUACACUAGUGCUCAGCUGGUGGAACUGGAGAAGGAGUUUCAUUUCAAUCGCUACCUGUGCCGGCCUCGCCGGGUGGAGAUGGCCAACUUACUCAACCUGAGCGAGCGUCAGAUCAAGAUUUGGUUCCAGAACCGGCGGAUGAAGUAUAAGAAGGACCAGAAGUCCAAGGGGCUAGGCUCAUCGUCUGGGGGCCCAUCUCCGGCCGGCAGUCCCCCUCAGCCCAUGCAAUCUACAGCGGGCUUCAUGAACGCCUUACAUACCAUGACCUCCAGCUAUGAGACCCCGUCCCCUCCUGCCUUCGGCAAACCCCACCAGAAUGCCUAUGCUUUGCCGUCGAACUACCAACCGCCACUCAAAGGCUGUGCCGCCCCGCAGAAGUACACACCCAACCCCGCACCUCCCGAGUAUGAACCCCAUGUCCUCCAAGGCAACGGGGGAGCCUACGGUACACCGAGCAUGCAAAGCAGCCCUGUGUAUGUCGGUGGGGGCGGGUACGUGGAUCCACUGCCUCCCCCUGCUGGUCCCUCCUUGUAUGGCCUCAACCACCUGUCCCACCACCCGUCGGGGAACCUGGACUACAACGGGGCGCCCCCUAUGGCCCCCAGCCAGCACCACGGACCUUGCGACCCACAUCCCACCUACACAGACCUUUCUUCUCACCAUGCACCUCCUCAGGGUAGAAUCCAAGAAGCGCCCAAAUUGACACACCUGUGAUGGGAGAAAUGAGGGUGGUGGGGUGGAGGAGCACAAGGAGGAAUGAGGGUGUGGGAAAGAGCCAGCAACAUUGAGAUUGCCCAGAAGAGGACAGGAGAGAGGAUAAUAGGGAUAUAGGGAGUUUUCCUGCGAAGAGAGGGCCUGGUAGGGGGCCGUGUAGAGGAGAAGAUUUUGCCUCACUCUUCUAGGUCCCCAUAUCACAAAAAUUGCAUUCAAACUCUUACCUCCUUCGGUCUGCCAAUUAAACAACCGAUUCUGGAACAAGCUAGAGAUCUUAUCCCUGCCUUCCCCCCCCCCACACACACACACACUUUCCUUAGUAACUCCAAAGCUCCAAUACAACUUUUAGUUGGACUGCCAUGUGAAGGAAGGGGAGGUUGGAAGAAGAGAAGCUCAGAAAAUUGGAGGUGAGGGUUGUGGAGAAGCACAUUUUAAAAGUAAAGAGGAUGAUUUAGCAAAAAACUAACCAAACUACUUACCUCCCACCGUUCUUGGCCAUCCCAGAUAUCUUCUCAAUUCUCCCUCUUUCUUUAAAACGACAAUAACAACAACAAUUUCAACCCCCAGGGUACAGAACAGGCACUAACCCCUCUCCUCCAUUCUCUAGCACCUUCAUACUCUGCAACCUACUCCUUUCUUUUGGGC